AUGUUGAUCAAAGUCUAUCAAAGUCCAUCAAUCGUGAACAAUCGUAAACCUCAAGAAUCCAGUCGCCAAGACAACUUUUCCAAUAAAGACAUCCUGACUAAGAGAACUAAGAAGGUCGGCAUCACCGGUAAGUUCGGUGUUAGAUACGGUUCGUCUUUGAGAAGACAGACCAAGAAGUUGGAGGUGCAGCAGCACGCCAAGUACGACUGCUCUUUCUGUGGUAAGAGAACCACCCAGAGAACCGCCACCGGUAUCUGGAAGUGCAAGGCCUGCAACAAGACCGUUGCUGGUGGUGCUUACACUGUUUCCACUGCCGCCGCUGCCACCGUCAGAUCGACCAUCCGUCGUUUGAGAGACUUGGCUGAGGCUUAA